CUCCUUCAAUAACGUCGCUUCUUUUUGCUGCUUCCCAACUCAAAAUAAAACAAAAUGAUUAAGGAUAAUCUCAGAGUUUUCAUUAUGCUGACCAUGACCGCUGUCUUGACAGUUUUGCCAUCGGAGGAAGCUACACCAAUGGGCGAGCUGGCUACACCUGUAGACUUAUCCAAAUUUGUUCAACAGCCACUCUUAACUGAUGAAACAAUUGCAGUGGAUCCAAGAUGUUCCACAUGUACAACCGGAUGUCCUCCUACUUGUAGGCCUCCAACAAUACAUCCACCUUCAUCGUGUCACAACUGCGAUCACCAGUGCCCUCCUCAUAUGCCGAAAACGAAUAAAUUCCCAAAUCUUCCAUCUGUUACAUACGGCACCAAUUGCGAUUUCUGCGACCACGAACUCUAUACUUUGACUUGUAUAGAAACAGUAUUUGAUUGCUCAUCUCGCUGUGCCGUCGACAGGAAAUGCAGCCACUUUACGCACAUCGCCGGCCUAAAAGGUGGGACCUGCAUGUUGAAAGAAGCACCUGGUUCUGGUGGAAGUUGGGCUUCUGCAAUUCCGUCUCCAUCGCCCUAUAUGUGCGGUUACAUUCCUAGACGUGCCUUGGUUAAUUUCUUCCUUAACAUCUGUCUUGGAAAGGAUAUAACCGGCGGUCGCCGUUGAAACAAGCGAGUCUUGAGCCUUCAUCAACUUACUAUUAACAGAAGAAAUUCCAAACGAACAUCUGGAUUACAUUAGUAAACAAUUAAAUUUUUCUUUUGUUUAAUGUAUGACGAAUGAAAAUUGUUUCAGUUAUUUUGUCUAAUAAAUUUGGAAAUCAAGUUCUUUAA